AAAAAACGCAUAAAUGGAAUCUGACAAAGAAGUUGGCACAACAAAUAAUUUUAUUCUAUCUUUCAUCUUUGAUUUUCCCUCUGGUUCGCUCUCACACGCAGAAAUUGACCCCAAAUUCUACUCAUUCUCCCCAAUUUUCCAUUGCCCGCGAUCUUCAACUCCAAUCUCUCGGUCUUUCGGCUAUGAAAUUUGGGAAGGAAUUCAAGACCCAUCUGGAACAGACGCUCCCCGAGUGGAGGGACAAGUUUCUCUGUUACAAGCCCCUCAAAAAGCUCAUCAAACAUUACCCCAAUCUCCCUUCUACGCCUGCUCCGAUACCCACGAACCAUUCUCUCAAUUUUCUGCUUCCGCCCCUUCAAGGGCGCGUUUUGUUUGACGAUUCCGUGGCUGCUGCGUCCUUGGAGUCCGUUCGUGGCCACUGUGAGACUGGUGCUGGUUCUCUGGCCGACCUCCAGGAUUGGUUCGUUAGGAUUCUCAAUGAAGAGCUGGAAAAGUUGAAUGAUUUUUACGUUGAUAAAGAGGAAGAGUUUGUUAUUCGCUUUCAGGAGCUGAAGCAAAGAAUUGAUCAUGUCAAGGAAAAAAGCAGCAGGGAAGGUGUUUUUACAUCUGAGAACGAAUUCAGUGAAGAAAUGAUGAAUAUUCGUAAGGACUUCGUUGCCAUUCAUGGAGGAAUGGUGCUUCUGAAAAACUAUAGCUCCCUGAAUUUUGCAGGGCUAAUAAAGAUUCUGAAGAAGUACGAUAAACGAACGGGGGAACUGUUGCGUCUGCCUUACAUGCAACUCGUAGUUCGUCAACCUUUUUUUACAACAGAACUUCUAACAAGUCUGGUUCAUCAGUGUGAGGCAAACCUAGAGCUACUCUUCCCACUGGAAGCAGAAGUAGUUGAAUCUACCCCAUCUCUACAACUUGACUCAAACCUUAUACUGGAUGACACAAAAAUUACCACAGCCAAGACACCUUCAAAUCUCGGCGACGAAACUGAGGAUUUACAUCGAAGUAUUGUUGCUGCGAUGACAGCCAUUCGUGGCUUACAAAAAGAAAGCUCCACAAAUAACCCUUUGUCAUUUUCUUCUCUCUUUAGGAAUCAGGAUGACGAGAGUACCGGUGCUGUGACAGAUGAAAACUCUCCCUCUAACUCUUCAGCUUCUCUGCCUAAUGGCAAUGAAGAUGAUGAAUAGGUUUUUUUCCCUCUGUAUAACUGAAUUUUGAUAUCCUUCUGUACACAAAUUAGAUUUGAAUGAAAGAUAUCUAAUUUUUCAGUCAAUGUAUAGAAUUCAAUUGGCUGACACAAGUUUGUGGAAUCUGGUGGCCAAAAUAAGUUCUCUACUCAAUGAAUGUGUUUUGAAGAA